CCGAUCCGGAUCACUGCUAGUCUGGUACUGUGGUACACUGAGACUGAAGGUGAGAGCAGCAGCAAUGUCGACGCUGCCGCAGCGGUUCAAGCUGCUGGCUACGCGGUGCGCGGCGGCGGCUCCCAGCCCGUCGCGUAGCCCCGCGCCGUCCUUCGCCACCAGCCCCGGGUACCGCCUGCGCUGCCGUCGCGGGUCCGGAACCGGCAGGCGCCGCAGCGGCCGCCUCCGCCGCUUCCUCUGCCGUCGCGUGGGCGGCGGCGGCGGCGGCCCCGAGCCCGCAGGAAAAGGCCAGGAGGAAGACAACAAGCCUCUCGUCGGCCGCGGGAGCCGCACGCUGAGGGAUCUGUUCGUCUCCUCGCCGGAGGCGGGGCGCCGCCGCCGCGGCUGCGAGGACGAGGAGGAAGAUGCGGGCGCUGGUUUCGGGAGAGCGGGGGUGGCGCACGGAGGCGGCGCGGGAGGCAGGAGGUUCGGGGCCGGCGGGCUGCGCAGCCUGCUGAUGCGGCGGAGCUGGCGGCCGGUGCUGGUGGCGAUCCCGGAGAGCGAGGGCAAGAUCGAGCUGGGUACCAUCGAGGAACAAUGACAGCCAAAACUCAAGAAUCACAUUCGGCGCCAUGGAUCGGGACCGGGAAUCUUGCAUCUUUCCUUGGUUCUUCUUCUCUUUCUUUCUUUAUUUCUUUCUUUCUUGCUUGUCUGUUUCUUUUUACCUUUUCCUGUAGGCUUCUACUACUGUACUUACAUGUGAAUACGGAAAUAGUACCAAGUAAUACUACUGGAUCACCGACACUGCAGUGUGGUCUGUGCUUAUAAUUCGCUCCCGGUUACUGCCAGGUUGUUCCUCUUCUAAAUUUUGAGUGUACAGGAACAGCAACGUGCUGUAAUGUAUUGUCAGUAAUAGGAGCACUGCAGUUGACAAAGCCA